GGUGACAUUGGGUUACCCGGUCUUGCUGGACCAAUUGGAGAACCAGGUUUUGGGCUUCCUGGGGCAAAGGUAGCUCCUAAAUUGGGUGACCGAGGUCUUCCAGGACCCCCCGGGCCCUUUGGGCCAAAAGGAGAUGGCUAUCCCGGCCCAACUGGCUUGCCAGGCCUUCCUGGGAUUCCUGGUGAACAAGGCCCAGAUGGAGUUGGACUACCAGGACCUAAGGGUGAUCCCGGCAGUAGAGGACCAAUUGGUCCCCCAGGUCCCCCAGGAGAAGGCCUGCCAGGACCAAAAGGAACCAUAGGACGCCCAGGGCCACCUGGCUCACUGGGACCUCCAGGUGAAGGUAUUCAAGGAGUUAAGGGGGAACAAGGAAUUCAAGGAAUGCCAGGACCACGAGGCCCCCCUGGAGAGGGGCUUUUGGGACAGAAGGGAGAUCGAGGAGCUACAGGUGAAAAGGGGAAAAAAGGAGAAAAAGGUGAUGUGGGUGACCCUGGUUUAUCUGGAGAACCUGGCAAAACUGGACCAAAGGGAGAGCAAGGCCUAACGAGAGAAGAUAUCAUUAAAUUAAUUAAAGAGAUAUGUGGUUGUGGUAUAAAAUGUAAGGAAAUUCCUAUGGAACUUGUAUUUGUGAUUGACAGCUCUGAGAGUGUAGGACCAGAAAAUUUUGAGAUUAUCAAAGACUUUGUAACUGCUUUAGUAGACAGAGUAACCGUAGGCAGAAAUGCUACCAGAAUUGGCCUCGUGUUAUACAGUUUAGAAGUUCGGCUAGAAUUUGGUCUCAACAAGUAUACGACUCAGCAGGAUGUUAAGCAAGCGAUUAGAAAAAUGCAGUACAUGGGAGAAGGCACCUACACAGGAACUGCUAUCCGUAAAGCAACUCAGGAAGGAUUUUUUGGUGCUCGAACAGGAGUGCGAAAAGUAGCUAUUGUGCUAACAGAUGGCCAAACCGACAAGAGAGAAGCUGUAAAACUAGAUAUUGUCGUUCGAGAGGCUCAUGCAGCAAACAUCGAAAUGUAUGCAAUAGGAAUUGUAAAUACUUCAGAUCCAACACAGGUUGAGUUUGUGCACGAACUAAAUCUGAUUGCUUCAGAUCCAGACAGAGAACACAUGUAUCUCAUUGAUGACUUCAAUACUCUUCCAGCUCUGGAGUCCAAAUUAGUCAACCAAUUUUGUGAAGAUGAACAUGGUACCUUAAUAUACAACCAUAAUGGAAAUGGUACCAAAGUACCCCCUGUGGUAGUGUAUGAAGCCUACGAAGAUAAACAAGAGGAGGAAGCACAGUCAUCCUUGCUAACAGUGGACACUAGAGCUGUGGCACCAGUAUUGCGAUCUAAACUGUCAUCAUCAGAUAAAGUGAUGACAUCAUCUCUUCCAACUGCAGAGCUCACACCAAGAUCAGAAAGUAUCCUGGACCUCCGGUGCAGGUUAAGGCUGGAUCAAGGGCCAUGCCGUGUUUAUAUCAUAAAAUGGUAUUAUGAUAAACAAGCCAAUGCUUGUGCUCAGUUUUGGUAUGGUGGCUGCAACGGAAAUGCAAACCGCUUUGACAGUGAAGAGGAAUGUAGAGAGGCUUGUGUAUUUUUUUCUGGAG